GUAACUUGACGCCGGUCUCUGUCGCUUCGGCUGCUGGACGGUUUUACCAGACAAACCAGAUUACAGCGUUCGAUCCAGUCAGUGGUUUCUGUCAGGGUUGUCUCCGUAAUUCCUGCAGACUGCAGGGACUUGGGCUGGAGCCUGGAUGGCUGACGGACAGGAUUGCGAACACACGUGACAAGAUGCUGACUCGUAACCGCUUCCUCCUCCUGGUGGUGGUGGGCGGGAUCGUGCUGGCUGUCCUCAGCCUCAGUCUCCAGUUCUUGAACCUGAUCCCCACUAGUCCCAUGUUGGAGCAACAUCACUUCCAGACCAUAAAUUUUGGCGGCGUUGGGGCAAGUCCGGGGAAGAGCAGAAAAAGAGUGUUCCCAGUGCCUGACACCCAGGACCUCAAUCCAGUAGCUGAGGCUUAUGGCUACUGUAACACACCAAAUCGUACAGAGCAGGCCUGGGAGGGUCACAGUCCCGCCGAUUACAGGCUGCUGUCAGUCCAGGUGAUGAUUCGCCACGGGGACCGCUAUCCGCUCUACUCCAUCCCCAAAACCAAACGGCCCACCAUCGACUGCACCCUGUCUGCCAGCAGGAAGCCUUCACACACACUCCUGAAGUCUUUCAUCCGCCACAUGGGCCAAGGAGGGCGUGGCCACUGGGAGUCACCAUUGGCGUCUCUUCCCCGUCUGCCCAACCACAGUGCCUGUGAAAUGGGAGAACUCACACAGACUGGUGUGGUGCAACACCUUCAUAACGGGCAGCUCCUCCACCGUGCCUAUAAACUCCAUGGUUUGCUCCCAUCUGAUUGGUCACCUCAUCAUAUAUGGGUGGAGACGACUGGUAAGAGUCGUACUCUCCAGAGUGGACUGGCUUUCCUCUAUGGUUUCCUUCCUGAUUUUAAUUGGGAAAAGCUGACUGUACGUCACCAGUGGAGCACAUUGUUCUGUGGCUCAGCCUGCGACUGCCCCGCGAGGAACCAAUACCUGGAGGAGGAGCAGAGGAGGCAGUAUCAGCUGAGAGUGGCCAAUACUGAACUGGAGAGGACCUAUGCUGAUAUGGCGCGCACUUUGGGCCUGUCCACCCGCCAACUUCGAGCUGCAAACCCUAUAGACUCGCUGCUGUGCCACCUGUGCCACGGCCUUCCCUUCCCAUGUGCUUCUGUGGGAGACGGUGGUGUUGGUGGAUGUCUGAGUCUAGCACAGUUUGCUGUGAUUCGUCAUCAGCAGCUAGAGGAUGAGGUGGAACGCAGGAAAUUGGGGACAUACCACAAAUACGCCAUCCUGGCCAUGUACCCCUACCUCAACCGAACAGUUGCCAAGAUGGAACAAGCUGCCAGGGUCAUGGAAGCAGGGCGGCUACAGCGUUCAGGGACUGAGGAGAUAUUCUCUCUCUCCUCUGCCCAUGAUGUCACCAUCGCACCACUGCUGAGUGCUCUGGGACUGAAGGGGGCCAAGUUCCCACGUUUUGCAGCGAGAGUGGUCUUUGAGCUGUGGAGGAGUCCCACACAGACUGAAGGACAGCCAAAGAAGAGAGCCGGCAAAAAUAAAAAAUCCAAGGCAAAAGAUGGUGAAUUGUUCAUCAGGGUGCUGUACAAUGGCGAGGAUGUGACAUUUCACACCGCCUUCUGUCGCUCCCAUAACCGCCGCGUCAGCCAGCCACUCUGCCCUUUGAAGAACUUUGUGUCUUUUGUCAAGAGAGACAUGUUCAGUGUUGUUAACGCCACUUCCUACCGGGAGGCCUGCUACAAACGCCUUAAUUGACAGAUGAACAGAUGCAGAGUAAGGUGAAUGAGGAAGAAGAAAGCGUUAACUUUCCACAGGAUGCCACUUUUUGCUGUUUAUGGUGUCUGAAAACAGUGUUUCUUUUUAAAAUGUAAUCCUUGGGACUAACUGAAUGGCAACACUGCACAAACUCUGCAUCCUGCCUUGUCCAGAGGUCUUCACAGUAUGACUGUUUGGUCGCCAUGGUACUGGCAAUCACUUAGCAAAUAUUUAGCAUUGUAUUUUUUUUUUAAUGAUUAUCAUUUGUUAGAUGCCAUAAAUUCAAGGGAAAUUAAAUGGCACUUAGCCACUUUAUUGCUACAUUCCAUAAUGUAGUGGAACUUUAAAAAUCCCAGAAUUCUCAAAGGUUUACAAGAAUAUACCAAAUUUUACUGAGUAUAAUUUUCUUUUCCUUUUUUUUAGUACUUUGGGAGGUCCUACAACUCAUACUCUAGUGUGACUUGUAUACUUUUUUCUGCUCUUCGAGGGAUGUUUUUGAAAGGUGCGCCUUAUAUUCUGGAGAAUACAUCAUAACUGAGCUGGGAA